AUUAUGAUGUUGACAUGAGAGUACUUGGAAUGUUUUUAAAACACCACUCAGUUGCUAAAGGAAUACUGCCUAAGCACAUCAUGAAUGCUGAAGAUGAAGAAAAGUGUUUUAAAGUCUCUAGGUACGUGCUAUUGAUUGGUUUUAUGAGCUACUGCUUGAUGGGAGCAAAGGUAUUUCAAACUUUGGAGACAGACAUUCAGGAAAAGUUGAAGAAUUCCUUUCUGGAUGCCGAAACAGCUUUAAUGAAGAACUAUGUCAAUAUAACUCCAGAAGAACUUGAAAUCUUUUUGCAGAUGCUGGCUUUGUCUAUAAAACAUGGAAUAAUCCCCGUAAGAACUGGAGUUGUUUAUUUUAGUUGGAGUUUUAGGAACUCUUUCUCAUUUGUGGCAUCCACAUUAAGUACAAUAGGUUAUGGGUCAAUUGCACCCAGAACUCCUAUGGGUCAGAUAUUCUGUGUCUUCUAUGCUUUGCUUGGGAUUCCUCUAACUAUCAUAUUCCUUAAAGCUGUGAGCAAUGCCAUAUUACGACCACUUUCGGGAUUUGAGAAAUACCUUCAGAAUAUGGGAAUGGAAGAGGUAAUGUUUACUAAGUGAUAGUUUUGUUUUGUUUUUA